CUGACGUCCAGAGGGAGGACACGCAACCUGUUGACGUGCAACAAGUGUGAGCUCGAGCUCAUGGCAGGACCCCAGCCCAUCUGCAGCUCCACACAGUAGAGGCUCAAACCACCAUCUGCCCACUUGGGACCACAGGAGGCCUGACAGAUACAUAUCUCAUAUUCUAAUUGUUUUUGGUGACAAGGAACCCAAAAGGAACUUUUUGUGUUUGGAUCCUGGAAAUUGUAUCUUGAGAUUUGACAAACUCCAGCGAAGAGGACUAAAGUUUCUUAUCUCCAUUCACAACACUUGGAGAAGACAUUUUGUAAUGGAGGAUCACUUGUUGAAGAUCCCCAUGAUGUCGUCUGCUUCCCCCAGUGAGUCCUCGGGGAGUGGCGGGACGGACGACAGUAGAGGAGCCAAGAGUCCACCCCCGGGCAAAGCUCUGAGCCCGGCUCUGGUCUGCAAAGUGUGCGGAGACACCAGCAGCGGGAAGCACUACGGCAUCUACGCCUGCAACGGCUGCAGCGGGUUCUUCAAACGCAGCGUGAGGAGGAGGCUCAUUUACAGGUGCCAGGCUGGUACAGGCAUGUGUCCAGUGGACAAAGCUCAUCGCAACCAGUGCCAGGCGUGUCGGCUGAAGAAGUGUUUGCAGGCAGGCAUGAAUAAGGACGCAGUGCAGAAUGAGCGACAGCCCCGCAGUACAGCUCAGGUCCGCCUGGACUCCAUUGACGUGGACCCUGAGAAGGAGCACCUGGCCACCACACGGGAGCCCACCUCCUCUUCCUCCUCCUCCUCCUCCUCCUCCUCUUCUUCCUCUUCCUCCUCCUCUGUCAUCACGUGGCCCCACAUCACCUCCUCCAUGGCCAUCACCUCCUCUGUCGCCCCCCAGCGCUGCAUCAGUCCCCAGAACAACCACCGCUUCAUGGCCAGCCUCAUGACGGCCGAGACCUGCGCCAAGCUGGAGCCUGAGGACGUUGACGAGAACAUUGAUGUCACGAGCAACGAGCCAGAGCGAGUGUCCUCAGAAUACCACAUGGCUCUGUACCCGUCCAGCUCCGAAAACGUGUACGAGACCUCAGCGAGGCUGCUCUUCAUGUCAGUGAAGUGGGCCAAGAACCUGCCCGUGUUUUCCAACCUGCCCUUCAGAGACCAGGUGAUCCUGCUGGAGGAGGCGUGGAGCGAGCUCUUCCUGCUCUGUGCCAUCCAGUGGUCUCUACCUCUGGACAGCUGCCCGCUGCUCUCUCUGCCAGACCUCUGCCCCGGCAUGCAGGGAAAGACCAGCUACACCAGUCUGGACCUGCGCCUCCUGCAGGAGGUCUUCAGCCGCUUCAAGGCCCUCGCCGUCGAUCCCACUGAGUUCGCCUGCCUCAAGGCCAUCGUGCUCUUCAAGCCAGAGACUCGUGGGUUAAAAGAUCCAGAACAAGUGGAGAACCUGCAGGAUCAGUCUCAGGUGAUGCUGGGACAACACAUCCGAUCACACUACCCCAGUCAACCAGCAAGGUUUGGAAAGCUGCUUCUUCUUCUCCCCUCUCUGCGUUUUGUGAACUCGGAGCGGAUAGAGCUGCUGUUCUUCCACAGGACCAUCGGAAACACUCCCAUGGAGAAACUGUUGUGUGACAUGUUCAAAAACUAAAACCAUUACCCAUAAACCUGUGCAGUCACCUAUGACCACCAGGUGUGGAGGGGUGAUGUUCGACAGAUACUUGCUUUGUAUUUCUGUAUACAUAUCAGAGAUUCUGCGUGCUGUUAUUUUUUUAAAGGCCACUUUAUUGUUUGUUUGUUGUUUCCACAUCAGGUCAUUCUGAGAAUUAAAAUGCAAUCCAGUUCUUAUCAUCAUGCUCGCUGUCUGUAUCAUACUUAGACUUUGAUUUAUGUCUGAAGUGACUCAUUAUCACAUCUCAUCCUCUAGUGUUUCAUUAUUUCUGUGUUUUUUGUGACAUUUACCAUCAGACCUUUAUUUGUUUGGUGAUAGAUGGGCUGUAUAUCCAUGCUGUCAUACCGUGACUGUUACAUUCAUGUUGUCAU